AUGAGCUACCAGGAGCGGAAGUAUUUUGUCCUUCGGGACCCCUUGUCAGCCCCUGAGGCCCCUAGCCUUCUAGGCAGACUGGUCACCUCGAUUGAAUCACCUUUGAACAGAUUUGCGCCAUAUCCUGAUCCCAGACGUCCCCCUCACAACACCAACGACAUACUUCCAUCCAUUCUUCCGGAGCCUCAAGUCUCCAGCCUUUCUGAUCAGACUAUCACUGUUGCCAAAGAUCACGGCUUCUCAGUCCAACUAUCGGCCCUCCUCAACAUCAAUCUUUCUCGCAAUAGUGAGGAAAGCAUUAGAUUAGAGAGUGACCUUGUCAAGAAAUACGUUCUGAGUAGUCCGGAAAUUUAUUUCGAGCAACUCAUGGAGAAUGAUGACUAUGCAAAAGAUGCGCUAGAUCUACUCUCCAAGGCUAAGCACAAUCGCGGUUAUCUAAUCACUGGCUUCAUAACAUCUUCUGGGACUACUUGGACAACGGAAAAUACCACUGGCAGAGGCGGGGGCUUUGAUGUAGCGGUUCCAUUGGGCCAAGCCUGCGGCAUACCAGAUCCCGGUCUCCUCGAUAUUUCUCUUGGGACUAAUCGCGCUACGAACCAUACGCAAUCUCAUACACGACAUGUUGCCGGGGAACAGAUCAUUGCCAUAUCGUAUGCCACUGUUCAACUCUCUGGUAAAACAAUAUGGCCAUCACGCCAUGUUGACUAUAAGCCUGUUAUUACGGGACCUAAAAAGGCCAAAGCUCAUCAUUUGGCCAUGAGCAACAAGGACGGCGAUGAUAUGGAAGAGCUUGAAUGGGAUUCUGAUGACGAGGAUGGAAUUAUUUGUACAUCGGAGCCUACGAAGCUCCAAGAGGAAGAAUUAGAGAUCCUCUUAAAAGAGAAUCAACAUAUUGCAGAGGAGGAUAGCAACUUCUUAUAUCUUACUAUCUUUUAA